AUGAUUUUAUUUAAAAACCCUAAGUCCGCGCCCAAGAAGGGCUCCAAAAAAACCGUCACCAAGACCGCCGUCAAAGGAGGCAAGAAGCGCAGAAAGUCCAGGAAGGAGAGCUACGCUAUCUACGUGUACAAGGUCAUGAAACAGGUCCACCCUGAUACCGGGAUCUCCUCCAAGGCUAUGGGCAUCAUGAACUCCUUCGUCAACGACAUUUUCGAGCGUAUCGCUGGUGAGUCCUCUCGUCUGGCUCACUACAACAAGCGCUCCACCAUUACCUCCAGGGAGAUCCAGACCGCCGUGCGCCUGCUGCUUCCCGGUGAGCUGGCCAAGCACGCCGUGUCCGAGGGUACCAAGGCCGUCACCAAGUACACCAGCUCCAAGUAAAGCGCCUUAGUCGCUCUGGCAAACCAACGGCUCUUUUAAGAGCCACCCAUCUUAUCAAAGCUACUUGAAUCUGAAUCUACAUACUACAUAAAUAACAGCAGUCAGAAACUGAGCAUCAUGUUAGGAGAGGAGAAG